AACACUUCAAAAUAUUGAUCAGUUCCAAUCCAUAUACCUAAACGGCAGCCAUGAUAGUGUGAGCAAUAUUGCUGGCUGGACAGUGAAUAUUUAUUUUUUCGUACAUUUUUAUAUAGACAUUAUCGACAAUGGACUGUAUGGUACCUACUCACAGUGCGCUCUGGACAGGGGCCCAAUCUUUGGGCCUGCCAACCUUUCAGCAGAGAAAUUACAUCUCAAAUUUCUACUUCUCUCAAAAGAGACCAUUUGGGUCAUCAUUUUACCCAGGCAUGGGCCUGUUAUUCCCCAAUGACGAUGUGGACUAUCCCACUGACAAAAUGGGCGACAUGACGAUGCCAUACCCUGGUAUGAUGGACCCUCUUGGAGAGCUGAAACUCUGCGUUGUGUGCGGUGAACGCGCCAGUGGCUUCUACUUUGGAGCUCUUGUCUGUCUUCCAUGCAAGAGUUUCUACAUUCGAUGUACAAAGGAUGGGGAGCCAACGUUCACGUGCCAAUGCAGCGGGAACUGUGAUAUCGUGAAACAAGGCCGUAUUCGUUGCCAAUACUGCCGCUACCAGAGGUGCCUCAUGGCCGGAAUGUGCCGCAAAGAAAAGCCUGAGACAGUCCAGCCAGCUGAAGGACAGGUUCUGUGUAAGGUCUGUGGAGACAUUGCAAACGGCAUCCACUUUGGUGUGAACACCUGCGAGGGAUGCAAGAAAUUUUUCCGACGAGGGUUGGUCGAAAACCAGAGUUACAUCUGCAAAGGUGACAAAGACUGCGGUAUCAACCCGAGAAAUCGUAAUAACUGUCGGUAUUGUCGCUACCAGAAAUGCAUCGGCGUCGGCAUGUCCCGUGAAGCUAUCAAGAUGGGACGCCCAAAGAAAGCCGAUGGUUGUGAGAUGACCACGUUGACUGGAUCCCCCAAAAUGGGAAACCAGUCCCCUGUAGAAGUAGACAAUACAAAAACAACGACUCCCCAAAUUGGGGAUGAGCCAGCCAAAGACUCACUGAAAAUCUCUUCAGUUUGUAACGAAAUCAAAAAGGAGAACCCAGACACCUGUGAAUACGAAAAGAAGGUAAUGUGGUGUGAAGGUCAGAAUCAAGGGCAAGGUCAGAUGACAUCAUGGCAGCCUAGCAACCAAGGUCAGAGCUGCGGAGGUCAGACCCAUUCCUCAGACUUUAUUGAAGAGGAUAUGGACGACAUCUUGAUGAUGCUGCAGAACGACAAUCAGUCUGGUGCAGGACCAGCGAAGAAAAUGCGUUGCUACGGUAAUGGUUACAACGACCUCCCUGUGACCUCCCAACACGUGUGCAAAGCUGAGAUGGGUCUGCAGCAAGACCAGUGGCAGUUUGGAAUGAAUAAGUCGAUGAGCGUGUCUCAGACUCAGCUCAAUCUGACGAACCGCCCACCACCACCCCAGUACCCAGGGUACAGCAGCAGUUUCCCCCCAAGCCAGAUCUCCAGCGCCAUGCGCGCCUCCCCCUGUCAGUCCCCGCCCAGGCAGAUGCCCUCUCCAGGGGGGUAUAUGUCUGACAGCACCACGGCGGGAUCCCCUGGCUAUGUUCCCAAUGGCAGCCCAAUGCACUCCCCGGCCUGUCAGUUCUCCCCUAACCAUAGUCCCAUGUACAACUCCCCGUCCCCUCACAGCCCAUAUGACACCAGCUCCUCUCAGGGGUCACCCUACAGUGAGACCAUGUACAGUCAGCACCCAUUCAGCCCCGACAACAACUACCAUGUCACUGAUCUUUCCGUCAAUGUCAACUGUGGUCCGCAGCCAAACAUGGCUUCCAUAGGGUCGCCUACGCGCCAGUUCUCACCAGCUUAUAACAACGGUCACAUAACUGGCCAGUCCAUGCCCAGCCAACCAAUGACCAUUCCACAUCAGGAAGGGGGAAUAAUUAAUUCCCAGGAUAGCUGGUACAUGACUGGUACCCCAUCCAACAUUUGUCACAGUCCAUCACACACCAACAACAACAACAGCUUUCCAAAUCAGGAGAGCAGUUUCAGACGUUUGGAGAACAUUUCGCGGAUCAAUCACCAUUUUCUCUCCGGUUCAUCUUGCGACCUUCAUUUGAACCAGGACAAGGAUUGCGACGGAAUGAUGUCACGCAGUGAUGUCGAGACUGAGAUCGUAAACAAGACGCUAUCGUCAAUGAGUCAAGGUGACUCUUACUACUAUGUGUUGUCCGACAGCCAUUCAUGCUCCAAUGACUCAGGUUGCGGGAGCGGUAACUUCGAUGAGUUCACAUCUUGCAGAAGAAUGUACAAACGUAAAAUUCUCGACAAUUCUGAAUUUUGUGACUCACCGCAGUCCGGUAAUGGGAGCGUCGGGAGGUUCAAGCGUCACCAGUCGGAGAAGUACUGGCGAGCGUCCGUGGAAGUGGAGGACGCUUUCCCGAUGACCAGCGACAAACAGAUGCUACUGGAGCACUUGAACAAAGUAUUUCAGCAGAUGACAGACCGAUGUGCAGAGAACAGAAAUGUCCAACAACAGGACACAGGAAGUUGCCAGCAAGCAAGAUUAAGGAUAAUCCGAAACACUACUGCAGGCGUGAAAUUUGCUGCCCAGAUACCAGGUUUCAGUGUCCUACACCCAGAGGACAAGGCGUUCCUCUGCAGGAACGUGACAUUCAUGUCCACUCUGCUGAUGGCGGGCCACAAGCUCUACGGCCCUGAGGAGACCAACUUUCAGCACUUCUGGAGCUGGAAUGUCUCAGCCCGGAAUCCCUUCUACCCGUUCAGGCAGCAACUGAUGGAGGUGGGAAAGAAAGUACACGCGGCCAAUAUGGACGUGUAUGAAGUUGCCGUGCUGGCAGCUUUGUUGUUUAUGGCCUCAGACUUCUCUGACCUGGCAUACCCAGAGGCCAUUGAGGAAGGUCACAGAAAGCUUAUCGCAGCCCUGAAGUCAUACGAGCUUACCAAGGUCUUGAACGUAAAGUCGCGGCUGUCAGAGUUAUUUGCCCUUGUCCCGGAGAUCCGCCAUCUUGGAAUGUGGCACCAAGAGCUCAUGAAGCAGACGAGAAUCAACGUCCAGAUACAGGAAGUCAAUCAGAUCUUUGACACCGUACACUUCCGAGAAAGCUAGGAAAUAUCGUCUAUAUGUUUUGGGCAAAAUUCGAUUUUCAUUGGUGGAGAUUUAGAAAAAAGAAAUCAUCUGGUUGGACUAUUAAAUAUCAAUACCAGUAUUGUUUAAUUUGGGGCAAGAUAAAAAUGUAAUCAUUCUGAUUAAAAAAAAUAAUUGUGAUUGUUAUUGGUUCAGAGUGAUAUAUAAGGAGAAAUCAUGUAGUUUGACAAUGUUAUAUCUUUGCCAACACCAUGCAUUUCAAGGAAAGUUAAAAUGUAACACCUCUGAUUGGACAUUAUUUAAUUUAUUUUCUUUAGUAGAGAGUAACACACAUAAAACAGCAGAUUGUAGAAAGUUCUAUCAUAGUUCUCAAUUCUGGUAAAGUCAAGAAAAUUAAUCAAUAACUUUUUAUUAAAGGUGUGUUUUCAUUCUAAUUUUGGAAUCUGGCGCUUGGUUGAUACAAUUUAGAUUGAAAACGGCAUGAAAUAUUGAGGGGAAUAUACUUACAACUUAAAAAUAUUUUUUCAUAAGGGACAUUUUAAAUGAUAACAUCAGGCCAAUAAGUAAAUAUAAGAAUAGUUAAAAGAACAAACAAUAAAUUAUCUUAAAAUAUGUAAAUCAAAAAAACAUUUUACAUAUUUCCAAAUUUGUAUAUGAAGGGACAGAAUUUAGAUUGAAAAGGGCAUGAAAUAUUGAGGGGUUUUUACUUACAACUUAAAAAUAUUUUUUCAUAAGGGACAUUUUAAAUGAUAACAUCAGGCCAAUAAGUAAAUAUAUUUAAUAAGAAUAGUUAAAAGAACAAACAAUAAAUUAUAAAUUAUCUUAAAAUAUGUAAAUCAAAAAAACAUUUUACAUAUUUCCAAAUUUGUAUAUGAAGGGACAGAAUUAUAAAUCAAUUGUUGAAUUUUAUUGAAGUCAUGAAGGGGAUAAAUUAAAUUAAACCACAAGACACAAUCUUUAACACAACAUAUUUACAGGCCUCUAUUUUUUAAUCCAAGUGUCAUGUUUAAAAUUUUCAACAAAUGUGUUAAGAUAUGUUUAAGGAAAUUUCUAUGAAUUUGUGGAUAAAUGUUUCAGAUGUAAAAGUGUUAGUGUGAUUUAUUUAUCAUAUUAUUUCAUUUUUAUUGCUUUCAUACCAAGAGAUUAGCUUAGCAUGCUCUUUAACCCUCUUCACCCUCAGAAGCAAAGUGAAAAAGGCUAUGUGCAAAUAGCAUAAAACCAGAAACUUGCAGUCAGUUCAGAUUUUAUGCUGUUUGCUGCUCAUCGGUAUCUAAGGGUUGGAAAAGGGGCCUUUAAAACUUUAAUCUAGUAAGAAAGGUAUUUAAUUAAAUUUAACUUUCUAAGGAACUACAUAUUCAUCAAAAUACAUAAUAAUAAAUUAUCAAAGUGGGAGAGGGUUAAAAUUAGUUAACAUUUCAUUGUGACAUCUGAUUACUGUUUACAUCUCUCUGCAUUUUAUUCAGUUGCAUAUUACUUAAGUCAUUCAAAAUACAUUCCAAAAUAAAUGUAACAUUCCAUUUGAUCAGACUGUGAUAAUGCAUGGUGAUGUUUUUUUAAUACAUUAAUUUUGUGUAGCGCAUAUUUUUUUCAUAUUUACAUUUAGACUGGUUUUGUCUUGGCAAGAACAACAAAUUAUUUUAUUCUAUCUACUUUAUUUUCCAUUUUCAAUUAUUAUAUAUGAAUAUUAUAACUUUUAUAACAUAUAACUUUUAAUGGAUUUUGUAAGUUGAAUAAUGAAACAUAAAUUUUCUAUAUUUUAGUGAGUUGGUUAUAUGUAUGUUUUUGUUUGCUUUUUAAUAAGAAUUUGUUAUGUGAUUGAAGAAAACUGGAUAUGAAGAAUCAUUGAGGCUUUUGUAUUGAAUAUGUUAUUGUUAUGUUGUCUGUUAGUAUAUUUGUUAUGGUUUGCAAAGUGCUGCUGAUUUUAAAUUGCAAUGUUACAUGUGGUUUGCCGUCCAACACGGAUUUUUGUUAACAAAUAGAGAACUAUUCCUUAAGUAGCAAACCAAUCCAAAUUUAAUAACAAAUUAAAAAUACUUUUUACAAUUUUUGCAUAUCAUGUCAAUAUUUUAUUGGUUAUUUAAUUGACCUCGUUUGUUCCAUGUCCAGUGUUCAUUGUAACAUUGCAAGUUUAUGUACAUAGUAUAUACCGGUAUAUUGAAACGUCCUUGUUAGUUAGUUUAACUUGUUAGUUAUGAGCUAAUUUGCUAGAAACAUUGUGAUACGUGAAGCUUUCAAUGUGAUAAUGUGUGAUAAUUUUACAAUAUGUGAUAGUGUGCUUCUUUCUUAAAUGAUAAAGUGUUGAAUAUGUUAUUGUGGUUAUAUAUAAAAAUGGACUGACUGGAUUUAUUGACUUAUUGUUUUGUAUUUGUUAUUAAGUAUUUUUUUUUUUUUUUUUACAAAUUGGGGUAGCUGUUACAGAUUGACUUUAACAAAUUGUACUGAUAGUGGGGUCACAUUUUGAAUACCUUAUGAAUUUUUGGUAUAUGAAGUGAAAAAAUAGUAUACUUACUAUUUUCUCUAAUACAAUUAACAUUAUUUAAUUACUAUAACAUCAUCAAACACUGUAUUGUAAACAGGUCGCUGAUAUCUUACUCAGAUAUGACUGAUUAAAGUUUGUUUUUGAAAUGUGCUUGGAUGCUUUUUGUGCUCUUCUAAUCUUUUUUUUCUCCCAGCACACAUAUGUAUGUGAAAUAGUGCUAAACUGAACACCCAUAUAUGUAGAAAUCAUUAUUAUUUGUUGUAUAUGUUUUGUUUUAUGCAGCAUUGUUGAUGUCGAUAGAAACUGUUAUGUUUUUAAACAUUUGUUAUUUGUAUGCAUAUAAUAUGGUGUCAUUCAAAUGUUGACCCAACUUUUGAUGGAAGGGAUUUAGUCAUCAAAAUGGAAUCGCACAUAAUUGGCCCUAAUGUGAAAACAACAUUUAAUAAAUGUACCCAGAAAACAAAAGUAUAUAUAAUACAUAAAAUCGAGAAAUGUAUUAUUUACAUAAUAGACUCGUAUCUUAUAAAAAAGAACUAUCUAAAGUUUUUAACUUCACAACAUGUAUUCAGAUUUAUAUUUAAAGUACUUUUGUUGAUGUACAAACAAAUUAUGAUUAUAAUGUUUUUCAUUUAUAUUCAUUUUAAACAUAAACAAACUGAAUUUGUUACACAGACAAUUCUAAAUAUUUGUGAUAUAAUUUGUUUAUUCAACAUUUUGUCAUCUAACAAUCAUAUUUAUACAUGUUAACACUUUGUGCAUUUUGUCUGUCACAUUAUGUACAUAUGACUUUCAUUACAUAUAUUGGUCUACAAAAUAGAUCAUAAACAUUUGUGUUACAUACAAUCGUUUAAUUUUGAGAUUUUUUAAAUGUAUUUAUGUUAUGUAAUAAUCCUGAGGUAUGAUAAAUACUGUUCCUGUUUUUGUUAUUAACCAUGUAACGUUAACACUAAUAUGAUUGAAAAGACCCCUCACAUUUUCCUUACAAGUCCAGGAAAAUCUACUCCAUCACCUAAUCCAUUUCAAGUGUGUACAACAUUGGCUUCUUUGCUCAUGUAUAAACAAUCAAAUGUUUAAAUGUGGAGAACUGUUUUACAUAAAAAUUGUUUUGUCUUAACACUUGUGAUUGUUUAUAAAAAGGAUUUUCUCAUUAA